CCGUCAGUGCCAUGCCCCUCGACUUCCAACCGACACGAAAAGUGUGUUUUGUAAACUUUUAUGACAGUGGCAUUGUUGUAAAAUAGUUAACAUCGCGUUUUAAAACAAUAUUGGACGCUUGAAAUUCCCUUUUCACUGGAUUAUUGACUAUUUACCGCGAAUUACUUCAUUAGGUGUUGUGAAUGUGAAAAAAACAACAUAAAAGUGCGUUUCCUGUGUUACGAAGUAGUGCAACAAGUUAUAAAAAACACGAUAUUGUUUUUGUUAUAAUUACGUGCUAAAAGAAACUAAUUUUUACGUGUUUGGAAAAAACAUGUACCGUAAAUUAGUUUCGUGAAGUGUCAAUUAUUAUGAUGUGUAAACUUUUUGUGUGCGUGAACUAAUUUGUAUCGGUUUUUGUGAUAACAAAAAUGCGUUUUAAAUAAUGAUAUCGCAAACAAAAAAUAGAGUGCACGCUAUUAAGAGUAAAUUCGAAAAUUUGAGCACUGAUAACGAGAAUUUGGUUGUGAGAAAGAGCGAGAAACACCUGAGUAAACAGAACAGACAUGUUUCUGAAAUUUUUACGAAGGUAAUUGAUUUAAAUGGCACAGAAACACAGAAUGAGUCAAAUGUAUUGGAUGUUGAGUCACCAGAGCCUAACAGUAGCUACUUAUACAGCAAAAUUGACACAAAAAAGGUUGUAGGUGACGUCAAAAAAUCUCUGACAAGGCAGUGCAGUGACCCGGGAAAAAAACUCCACCGCAGCCAUGCGUUCCGGUGUGAUCGGAGCCAAAAAAUAGGCAACAGCCCCAAAAGGCACGGCAGUUGCAACGGCAGGUCCGAGACCAGUGAUUUUUCAUUAAAAAUGGGGGAGAAAAAGCUCAGUAAAGACCGUUUGAAACAGCUGGGCAAUUUGCUCGAGGAUCAGAUGCGGAAGGAGAAUUUUGUUGUGCCCAGUGAUAAGGUUGUUGUUGGUCAGGUCUUGCAGGUUGCUCCGUGUAAUUCGAUUCCAGACAAAAAUGUCCCGAAACACAUAUUGGAUCAGUACGCUACCGUUGUCAAACCCAAAAAGAAGGAAGAGAAACAAGAUACAAUGACCGACAGUGGAGUCAGUUCGGAGACUGAAAAUCUAGACGAUGAUAAAACCAGUAAAAUCAAAAAACUGACAUCUCAAUUCGAAAAGACUGAAGCUGACACCAAUUUAGAGGGCAUGAACGAUUUAUGUGUCUCCAGUGAAACUAUGCGUUUGGAACGUAAAAAUCCACACAUGAUUUUAACGGACACACUUAAAAAGGCUUUGAAGCAACCGCUACCACCUGGUCCUCCUCCCAAAAAGCCUCCUAGAACCUUCGCAACCAUUCCAGAAAACGAAAACCAAAAGAAAGACACCAAAAAAAUGCUUGAAAAGUUAGAACAGGUGCUACAAAAACGUGAAGCUCAAAACACUUCAACCAAAAACAUUUAUGAUGUAGCAGAAACGAAUUUGAGUUUGAAAAAGCCGAAAGAAGUCCAUUACUUAUGCACAGAAAUACUCGACAUCACUCAGAGGACUUUAUUACCGAACCAAAAUGCAUCUGAAUCGUUAACAAACUGUAUUAAGUCUUUGAACUGUGCUGUAUUAACCAAUUCUACCGCUAGCUUGCCUUAUACUAGAUUAAGUUCAGGACACAACUUUGAUCGAUCGAAGCACUGUUGUUCGUGUAGUAACAACAGUCUUGACAACGAAGUGAAGUCCAUGACUACAUUUGGCAGCCAAAACAAAUGCUCGAAAUGCAUUCUGAACGAAGAAAAAGAUGACCGAUUCAAGUGUCACCUAAAUUGUAAGUGUAAGAUGGAGAAUUCUGAGUUCUACGUUGAUAAAGAGCCUAUUUAUGAUGAGCCGUACUGCGAAGAAGUGCCAAAGGAUAUGAAGAGCCAUUACGGAACGAUCAACAGUUUGAAGAUGAACGGGAAUUACAGUCGGAGUCUGGAGGAUCUUCGGUUGGAUACGGAUGAGGACAAAAAGAUCUACGACAUUCCCUGCGACAUAUCCCGCGCAGAAAGUCCAGACUUCACCACCUCCAGUCCAAAAUCCGAAUUCCAGAAGUUGCGAGAGAACUUCGAAAACGGUUUCCUGGAUAACCCGAAACCAGAAACCGGUCGAAAGACUGAUAUCCGAAAAAUCAACAUCGAUACAGAAAAUAAUGGAGAAUUACGUAGGCUUUAUUCUGACAGUGAAGCUGUUACUGCUAGUAUACGGAAAUUCAACCCAGAUAAGCCUGAAGGCAAUCUGUCAUACAAAAAGAGUGAAGUUGAAACCAAAAAACCUCCUUUGACGACUAAACCAAUGUUCGCGAAGAAAGUGUCGAAAUCUUCGGAGAAUUUGACUGAGGAAUUUAAGUCGGCGAAGCGACUGGUGGAGAAGAAAUUUGCGACGGAAGCGAAAAGGCAGAGGAAUAGGGCUGAAGUCGGAAAUAGCGUGCUGAGUUUACCAAAGAAGAAUUGCACGCAGUUGGACGUCGACAGAGAGAAUCUCAAUCGUCUCAUGAACGAGAUUUACGAGACGGUGACGGCUGCCUGCAACAUGGACGACCGCAAGCCGUUCAGCUUCCCCACUGAGUCGACAGAUGGCAGCACUAGCGAAGACUCAAUCAAACUUACAAGGAGUCUGACCGAGAAACGAAAGAACUACGUACGCCGAGUCUCGUCCCGAGUAGCCUACCUAGACCAGAACAACAUUAAGAGACCCCUACGCCAUCGGCACCAGACCUCAGUCUGCUCCUACAAGUCCGAAAUCAUAGACAAUCCGUACUCCACUUUCCGCUCCUGGAAAAGUUUCCGGACUUCGCGCUCAAACUUGAACGAUUCCAAAAUGGCCGACACCACAGAUUCGAAAUUCAAUCUAACAGAUUCGACGGGCAAUAUAUUGUCUAUGAAGGAUGAGUUUGACAGUGAUAGCAUAGACAAAUACAGCAUAGAUGAGAAGACGGGGUGCGUGGAUAUAGAGCUCCCUUUUGAACCUAGAGAGAGAGGGUUGUUCAAUAUUUGUCUAUUGGUUGGACUCAAUUAUAUGACGGGGGAAGCGUAUGUGAAGAGUGUGUUUCCUAAUCAGGUGCAAGUACCACCCCAUAUAGAGAACCUAAUAUUUCCUGAGACACUGAGCGCUGCGUCCAAGGGAGAAUGGGCAGCGGAGGCUAAAGGGGCACAGUGCUAUUCCUUGGUACUUACUGAUGAAAGGGGAGAGCGGUCCUAUGGAUAUUGCCGUAGAGUGCUACCGGAGGGCGCCUCAACUUGUUUGCCCCUGUGUUACUGCCUCAUAGGCCGGUACAGGGCCCCAGGGUUUUACUACAAGGUCCUGCAAGAAAUCGAAUCUCACCACGGCAGCUCAGAAGUAGAAAUACAUUCCAUUCUCCAGCAGUUAUUCGAGACCGACUUCCCUAGCCCUGGAGAAGAAUUAUCCAUAACAUACAAUCACAAAUACGACUCGGAUAUCUGCAUAUCCGACAAAACAUACAGAAACUCUGUCAAUUUAGGCGAUAUACUCAAAUGCAAAACAAUGCCAGACAUGAGAAGAAGUGGAGGCAACGAAUUCUCGAACGAGCCAUCCCAUGGCUCGAAAGAACUCGAUGAUGGCUCGAAUGAACUCGGCGAUGGCUCGAAAGAACUCGCGAAUGGCUCGGAUGGUUCUGAAGCGAGGGACUAUUCGGAUCUGCCCAAGUUUUUGGAUUUGGAAAAUAAUAAUGGACCGAAGAAAGUUUUAUUGAGCUUGGAGAAUCCAAGGACAAGAAUAAUAAAGAGGCCUUUAGAACCUCGCGUAGAUGAGGACAACCUGUCUACUCUGCUGGACUCGCUAGGCGCGGGGCUCGUCAUCAAGGUCUUCGGCUCUCUGCUGCUGGAGCGAAAGCUGGUCAUAUGCAGCGACCAGCUCAGCGCCGUAUCAUCCUGCAUGGAGGCUCUCCAAAGCGCCCUCUACCCCUUCGUAUGGCAACAGCCCCUGAUAGCAGCCAUCCCUUCUGAAAUACAAAGGGACGUGUUAGAAGCGCCCCUGCCUAUACUGGCUGGCAUGUUGAAGACUCAAGAGGUGGACUACACUGGAGUUCUUUUUGAGGAGGGUAUGCUGAUUGACCUAACUCAUCCUUCCAAAGCGAUUUUCUACCAAGGCGACGAGUCUACCAUCCUCCCUACAACGUCUUAUAAGACUUUAAAAACCGCCCUACAGAUGGAAACAAACAAACAUACAAACAAACUUGACAAUAAGACCAGAAAUGUCAUGAUAUCGGAGGCAUUUUUGCGGUUUUUCGUCGACAUUUUGGGAGAUUUUUGGCGGUUUUUCUCUGUGGGGGAGCUGAAGGAUGGGGAUUUGGGCAAAGGGAACGUGGUUUUUGAUAAAGAAGCAUACAUCAAGAGCGUUCCAUCAAAACAGAACCAGUAUUUCCUCGAAUGGUUUACGGAAACAGCCAUGUUCAACCACUUCAUCCAAAACAUGUCUGUGAGCAUACGUCUGCAGCCACAGUCACCAACCACUCCAACCCUACCAAUGUCACUAAAAUUUGAGUUCGCUGAUUCAAAAUUGGUUGACACACCACUACCUUUAUUCUAUGAAAUCUUCAACGAACGAUUGUGGAGAAAUAAAAGUGCUAAAAGUGUUGAUAAAAGUAACUACAAAAGUGCAGUGAAUAAAAAAGUGAAGUUGCUAAAGACUAAACUGAGGGAUUUGAUUACUUAAGUGUUUAUUGUGAUCUGUGAAAGGGUAAGCAGAAAUGACUUAAAGGUAUAGUUAAUACAGUAAGAGUGGAGGCUACCAAAAGCAAAGAUUUGUAUCUGUAUACGCUC